AAUGGACCAUGGGCUAUACCGAGAAACAAACAAUAGUGAAUGGGAGGUGUGGUACUCGAGGGCAGCCUUGAGAGGAGCAAGGCAAGGAAACGGUCUUGCUACUCUGACGGCCUAUCAGCGAGGACUGAAGGCUUGCUCUCGUGCUUGAACUAAAAACACUGAUUUUUGCCUACAUACCCUCCUCCCACGAUUCCUCGGGACCUUGAACGCCACCCAAUUUCGCCACAAAGUACCUGCAGAGAGGCCUGGGGUGCAUGGACGGGCGCAGAACACAGGCGCGGGCAAGUGUGGGGCUCGGGCAUCGACAGGUGAACUUUCUUUCAUGCCCAAGCGCAUUGCUUUGUUCUGCUUUCAUAGACCAAUCAGCUUGCAGGUCCUGGGAGUUUCCCUUAGGAAAGGAAAAGUGGGCGGUCCUGCGUAAGAAGCGGUAUAUAAGAUGGUACUAUUGGUGAAAGAAUAGUGUCUUCACCAUGAAGCUCUUGAUAACUGUAUUACUGUGUGUUGCUACAUGUACUGCUAUACCCGAUGGGUAUAGAGCUCCAGGAGGAGGAUUCUCUGGCGGAGGAGGAUUCUCUGGUGGGGGGGGAUUCUCUGGCGGAAGUGUAAUUUCUGCUGGAGGAGGAUUCUCUAGUGGAAAUGUAAUCUCAGGUGGAGGAGGAGGAUUUUCUGGUGGAAAUGUAAUCUCUGGUGGAGGAGGAGGUUUCUCUAGUGGAGGAGGAGGAUUUAGUAGUGGAGGACUCUCUGGCGGAAGUGUAAUCUCUGGUGGAGGAGGAGGCUUCUCUAGUGGAGGAGGAUUCUCAAGUGGAGGAGGAUUUUCCAGUGGAGGAUUUUCUAGCGGUGGAGGAUUCUCUGGUGGAGGUGGAUUCGCAAGUGGAGGAGGAUUUUCUAGCGGCGGCGGAUCUGGCAGAGGAUGCGGUCCUGGGACGGUCUUACAUGUGGACGGGUCCUGCGUCUCCCCAGUAGUAUCACGAAAAGUGUACGUCUACGACGCCCCUGCACAACCGUCCGUUCCAAGUGGUCCACCACCAAGGAUUCCACCGCCGAGGGUUGAUCACAAUAUCCUGUUUGUUCGUCUUCCGGAGGGAGGUGCAGGAAUUGAGCCUAUUGUUAUCCCACCACCAAGGCAAGAGAAUAUCGUGUACGUCCUUAAUAAGGCCAGUGGAGCAGGAGGACAACAAGUCAUCGAAGUACCAGCUCCUCCUGCUUCUAGUCCAGAAGUGUUUUUCGUCAACUAUGCAGAAGGAGAAAAUCCUCAGCUCCCUAGCGGUGUGGACCUCCAGACAGCUCUGCAAGCGGCUUCCAGUGGAGGAGGACAAGUCAUCGGGGGUGGUUCCGGAGGGGGAGGAUUUGGAGGCGCAGGAGGACUGGGUGGCGGAGGAGGAUUGGGGGGUGGUUUUGGCGGUAGUGGAGGAUUGGGAGGUGGCUUUGGCGGCAGUGGAGCAGCCGGAGGUGGAUUUGUUGGAAGUUCGGGAGGCGGAGGAUUUGGCGGUGGGGUAGGACAAGCAGGAGGAGGAUUCGUAGGUGGCUUUGGAGACAGCGGAGAACUUGGAAUCAGCGUUGGUUCCAGUGGUGGCCACGUAAGUGCACCGUCAAAUACGUAUGGUGCACCCUAAGGCAGUUGUUAGAAGAAGGGCAGCCCUGUUAAGGUAUCAGAAAACAGAUGACUCUCAAAUGGAAAACAAAAGAUUGAAUUCUUGUUUUUGUUAAUAUCGUUGUUGUUAAAUCGUCUAAUUAUGUGAAUAAAAUUAAACUAAAGA